AUGUCCACCUCCAACCAGAUCCUCACCCCCCUCGCCUCCAACUACGACAUCCUCUCCCACAUCAUCAGCUUUCUCCCCAUAUCCAACCUCCCCGCCGUCCUGCGCACCUCUUCCCUCUUUUUCUCGGUUGCCGCUCCUGCCCUAUACCGCUCUAUCCCCAUUUCCCAUACCUGCAACCCCUUCAUCGGCGCCUCGGCAGAGGAUGAGGACAAGUCUACAUGGCCUUAUGGCAAAGAUGCUCUUUCAGAGCGGGUGAUUGAGGUGUAUUUGGAGCGAGGACCGGUCGAAGAAGGCGAGGAAUUAUGGCACGAGACCACCAAUGUCCACCCCCUCUCCCACGUCGAACAAGUCGCUAUCCAACCCCACCCCAACACCUUCGUGCCCACAUUCGACCACCGCCAAAGCCCGCUCCACCCCCUCCCCACAGCCGCCUUUAUCGCGCAUAUCUGCCGGAACGCUUCCCGCUUACAUUUUACAUGCACGGGCGCCUCGAGGGGGUUACCGGGGGAUUGGUAUAGUGCUCCUGGGGACUUACCGCCUUUGCCCGGGGUGGAAAGUAUGACGGUGAAGCUGAGAGUAUCGAGGAGUCGGGAUGCGGUUUCGUUCUUGAACGCUUGUUCUGCCGAGAGGGAGAACCUCUACCCCACAUGCCAGAAGAUCAACUUUUAUCUCUGGAACGAUAUCAUCCCGAAUUACAACGCUUUCGACGACGCCAUCUCGCGCUCCAUGCCCGUCAGCCCGAGUCUUUGCCAGAAUUCGCUCGUGAAAUGGCGGGCGUGCUGCCUCCGACGCGGGUUUGGGACAGCCGACAGACUGGCUAUCGAUACUCUCCUCCCUCAACUCGCCAGACUUGUUGCUGAGCGAAAAGAGGUCAAGGCCGUUGCGUGGUUCAACGUCGAUCCCAUCCUCGAACGAUUUGCUACCAUCAACGAAAAGACUCUAGAAGAGACCAUGCUCGUCAAGCGGGAGAUGGAAUCGAGCUGGAUAUCCGCUCGCAAAGCCGUCUUUUCUGGUGAAGAACCGACUCUGCCUGUGCCUUUCACUUUCCACCCCGCUGGAGAAUAUUACAAAACCCUCUGGGACGGCCGCUGGGCCCCAGACGACAUCUCCCCUCUCCCCUCCCCCUCCUCCCCUUCCGCCGCGCACCGCGGCCUCGAAUCCGAAUGGUACUACCACGAAUCCAUCCUCUACCCCUCUUCCCCCCUCACUCACUGCCGCACCAAAGCCUCCCGCUUAAAUCAAGUACCGAUGGUGUGCUUUUUGUUCUUGCCGCAAGAGAGGUUGAGGUAUUUGUUGUUGAAUUAUACGUUGGAUGAUGUUGUUUAUCGGGAGAUGGAGCGGGAGACGGAGGAGGGGGAGGGCAUGGAUGAAUGGGCGAGAAAGUAUUUUAGGAAUCCGGAAAAUCAGAUGAAUGUCGGGUCGGGUAUUGAGUCUUUCGAGAUGGAUGGGGGAGUGGCGGUAAGAGGUCAUGACGAAAACCUCCCGUAG